AUGAAGGAGUACGAUCAUUUGUUCAAAAUUAUCAUCAUUGGUGAUAGCGGCGCUGGGAAAUCCUCCCUGCUCCUUCGCUUCGCCGACGACACAUACAGCGAAUCGUACAUGAGUACUAUCGGCGUUGAUUUUAAAAUCAAAACUGUCAAAAUUGACAACGCCACCAUCAAACUGCAAAUCUGGGACACAGCAGGGCAGGAACGAUUCAGGACCAUUACUUCAACAUACUACCGGGGAGCUCACGGCAUCAUCACCGUAUACGAUGUCACAAGCCGCGUCUCCUUCGAGAGUGUCAAGAAGACCUGGCUCACUGAUAUUGAAAAGUACUCCAACGCCAACAUCACUAAAAUCCUCAUUGGAAACAAGAUAGAUUUAGAGGACCAGCGCGCAGUCACAACCGACGAGGCCCGUGAAUUUGCCACUCAGCACAAUAUGGACUACAUUGAGGCGUCAGCCAAGACGGCCCAAAAUGUUGAAAAGGUACGAAUACGGUCGCGGUCAUGCAACAUCGAGCAGGCAUUCGAGUCAAUCGCCAGGACGCUGAAAGAUAAGGCAACAAGAUGUACCACAACCAAUACUACUCCUAAUACAUUCAACCUAGGCAGCACCACCCGUGUCGCCGCAAACAGAAACAUUGUUUCUGACAAGUGCCAGGAAGUACCUGUUCUGGGAUCCAUAGCUGCACCCUUCAACAAGUGCGCAUGA